GGUACUCAUUACUUUAAUUUCUCUCUUCAUUUAUUUAGCGAAUUGUGAAAAAACAAACAUAGAUCAUUAUGUAAAUGAAGUAGAAGAUGAGCUUCCCGGUGCUGUGAGGAAAUAUGUGUCGCGUAUAAUUUCAGACAUGGCAGAGAGAUAUGACCUACGUGUCAAAAUAUUGGAAAAGACUGUCAUAGAACUGCAGCAGACAACAAUCGCUCACAAAAGGCAAAUAAAAGAACUAAAAACAGAUAAUCGAGUCAAAACUAACAUUAUUUCAGAAUUAGAAAAAAGAAUUGAAAAUUUAGAAACUAAAGCUGACACUUUAAGGUCGGACAAUGAAACAAAUGAUAUUGAAGAUUCAGAGAAAGACAUAACAAAACAUCAGUUGAUGGAUGAACAUAGACUGAAAAACACAAUGCCGAAGCAAGGAAGAAUAAAACGUGGGUUCCAGAGUCAUAUGCGCAGAACAAAUGUAGAAACACGGGUGGCUUUCUUCGCAUCUAUGUCAUCGCACUCGCCCCAUCUAGGAAUAAACCAAGACAUUGUAUUCGACCACGCGAUAACUAACAUUGGAAAUGCUUAUAACGAACGCCACGGCACAUUCAUAGCUCCAGUGGCAGGGACCUAUGUGUUCAGCGUCACUCUAACUCACUAUAAAAGCGGCUCUCUGUCUGGUGAUGCGAACGGAAAAGUUGUAGUCAAUGGCAUAACAAUUGCAUUAUUAUACAUGACUGAACAGCAGUCUUCUCAGAUGAUUAUUGUGGACCUAAAGGGCGGAGACGACGUGUCGGUGGAAAACAGAGAUCUUGAUGACGGGUAUAUGGUUCGGCCUACAGCACAUUCAGUGGGUUUCUGUUGUAUGAAGAUGAAAAUGUUGGUUCAAUUGUUGGUUAGAUAAAAAUGAAAUAUAUAUUCUGUAUUAAUCUGACGCUGCUAAUUCGUGCUAAGCCAUAUACAUUUAUAAUAUCAUUGUAUUUUAGUUACUAGUAAUCAGUAUUCAGGAAAACGUAACACUUCAACGGCUUUGUUGUCUUAUGAGAAAUCUGUUCAGUUAUAAAUUGGCUUCAUAAUAUUUGUCCCAAAACUGUUAUCAGGAAAGAUAAUAUUUAUCAUGUUUAUUCUGCAGACUGUCAACCUGCCUGUUUUUGAGAGCUGUUCUAUCAGAAAUGCUGCUCAGAUAAAGGAAACACUGUAUCAAACCAACUUUAUAGUUUGUAUAGUAACGGCCACUUAACCCUAAGCCUGAUAAAUUUCUAAUACGGACUGGUCGAUCAUUCAAUUUGGGCAGGACUACAUAUUA